AUGAAGCUAGAACUAGAAGAAUACGAUUAUCAUGAAAACAACCAGAAUCAUUCUAAUCUUCCUUCAGAACUCUCAGUUGAAGAAGUUCCUGUCAUCAAACAAGAAACUGUCAUAAUAUCUACAGAGGCUGCCAGAAAUAUGCUGCAAAAUAAUAUGGAAAUCACAAUUGAAGAAAGUUUGGACAAGACAAUGGAACCUCAAACAGGUAUUCAUUUUUUAACAGAUGACGAGAAUGGAGUAAAAGUGGAAAAUGAGGAUAAUUACGAGAAAAAGAAAUGUGAAUUAUUGGAAUAUUUAAUCCAAUCUGAUGGUAGUGUGGUUUGUAAGUUAUGUGGAGAAGUAUUAGCUUCACGAACUCAUUGGUACAGACAUAAAUACAAAGUACAUGUCAACAGUUUAAUACACCCAGCACCCCUUUUCAAGUGCAGCCAUUGCAACGCCUUCUUCAAAAGUAGAAAAGGAUACAUGGGGCAUUAUGCAGCCAGACAUUCAGAAAUAAAUGAAUCGCCAAUCGGGGAGGAGUUUGAUAGCAAUAAUAUAAAAGAGGAGAUUACGGAGCCUUCUGAAACAAAAAUAAAUAUGGGAAGAAAAAAAGAGAAAUCAGCAGAAUGGGAAGAAAAAAGAGAGAAGGAGGAAAAACUUGUAGCUGAUAUCAUAGAUAGGGUAAGAAAAGAAUGUGAGGCUCAAGGAGCUCUCUUGAAUCGAAGAGGUUAUAGCAGGAGGUCUACUGUUAUGAAUACUUGUCGCUGAGAUAUUGUGUAAAGAAGUGCCAAAAUCCUAGAAUGAUCAGAAUCGCUCUAAAGUUUUGCUCAUGUAUUUUAUUUUUGUUUUUGUAAAAAUCAAUUACGAGUUUUUUGUUGAAAUUUUUCUGAACUUGGGGGACAAAUCAAAAUGGCUUGUAAAGGUCCAUUUAUAUCUACAGACAUUCAGCGUUGCCGUAGCGUUUGUCUGCAGAUAUCCACAAACACUGUCGUCGGCUUCGGUCAUUCUUAUGCUGGAUAUAGACGAAGGCACCGCACCCUAGUCGAGCCGACUACGAAAAUGUCACUGAAAUACUGAAAACGAACUAUCGUCAUAAAAACAACAAAUGCUCUUUCUAGGGUGCGUUGCCUACGUCUGAAUUUUUCAUUACUUAUACAUAGAGAAACGUCUUUAGGAAUACGAUGUUCUAUUUAUUUAUACCGACCGGCAGGCACCCGCAGAUACCGCAGAGAGACAAUAUGUCUGUAUGUAUGAAUGGAGCGUAAGAUUUUAUUUCAUGCCUUCGGAUUGCCAUCAGUUCAUAUUUCCUCCUCAUUUGAGUGUGGAUAAAGAUUUCAUUUGCCCUUAUUUUGGCUGAAAUAAAAAUGAAACAACUUCAUUCGUCGGUACUGUCAAAUUUUCUAGCUUGAUCAAAGAUUGGAGAGAAGAAUCUUUGACCUUGAUGAUAAAGCAGCUUCUCAACACUUCCUUUUUCAAUUUCGUUAAGGGUUGUAGGUUUCUACCAAAAUUAUUCACGUUUCCUUGUUUUUACUCCUUGUCUCUACAUUGGAGAAGGAAUUAUCAGCUUUACAUUUUGUUUCCUUCAUAUUGGGGGUU